AUGGAUGCCAUACCAAGCGCGGAUCAGAUUCGUAUAACAACAUCUCUGAAAAGCCAAAGAGGAUCAGUGUGGACAAAAACCAAAUCAAUAUUUGAAUAUUGGGAAGUUGAAGUGACCUUUCGAGUUACAGGAAGAGGCCGCAUUGGAGCUGAUGGAUUGGCAAUCUGGUUUACAGAAGAGCAAGGCUUGGAAGGUCCUGUUUUCGGGGCAGCUGAUAAGUGGAAUGGUGUUGGAGUUUUCUUUGAUUCCUUUGACAAUGAUGGAAAGAAAAAUAAUCCUGGAGUGAUUGUUGUAGGCAACAAUGGAAAACUUCUGUAUGACCACCAGAAUGAUGGUUCCACGCAAGCAUUGGCUUCCUGUCAGAGGGACUUCCGUAACAAGCCCUAUCCCGUUCGAGUAAAGAUAACAUACUACCAAAAAACAUUGACUGUGUUAAUUAACAAUGGCUUCACUCCGGAUAAGGAAGACUAUGAAUUUUGUGCAAAAGUGGAAAAUAUGGUGUUGCCAUCACAAGGAUAUUUUGGAAUAUCUGCAGCGACAGGGGGACUUGCAGAUGAUCACGAUGUCCUGUCUUUUCUGACCUUCCAGUUGACUGAGCCUGGGAAGGAAGUACCAACUCCAGAUGCAGAAAUUCCUCAAAAAGAUAAAGAGAAGUAUCAAGAAGAGUUUGAACACUUUCAACAAGAACUGGAUAAAAAGAAAGAAGAAUUUCAGAAGGAACAUCCUGAUGUGCAAGGACAGCCAGCGGAUGAUCUUUUUGAAACUGUAAGUGAUCGUGAACUGAGGCAAAUCUUUGAGGGGCAGAAUCGAAUUCAUCUUGAAAUCAAACAGCUUAAUAGGCAGUUGGACAUGAUUCUGGAUGAGCAGCGACGGUACGUCUCUGCAGUCACAGAUGAAAUUGCUAAAAGAGGCACUGCUGUUCCUGGUCAACAAGGACAGGCUUCCCAGCAAGAGAUCGAAACAAUUGUGAAAAAUCAAGAAGAGGUCAUUAGACAAGUAAAUGAAAUAAGAAAUUCCAUGUCCGAUGCUCUGAGGUUGAUCACUGGAGCUCAACAUCCUGGCUCUGCUGCGGGAGUCUAUGAAACAACCCAGCACUUCAAUGACAUCAAAGAGCACCUUCAUGUAGUAAAGAGGGACAUUGAGCAUUUAGUACAACGAAAUAUGCCAUCUGGUGAGAAAACAAAGUGUCCAGAUUUGCCACCAUUUCCAUCCUGCUUAUCUACAGUGCACUUCUUCAUGUUUGUAGCGGUGCAAACAGUGUUAUUCAUUGGUUAUAUCAUGUAUAGGAGUCAACAAGAAGCAGCAGCCAAAAAGUUCUUUUGAUGACCUGUUCCUUUUGUGUGUACAUAACAGCAGUAUGUAUGCACAGAAAAUUAUACACUUCUGUAAAUGAGGGAGAUUUUAGUGUUUGAUAUACUUCAAUAUUGUAAAUUAUUGAAUUUUGUUAAACAAAAUGAGUUCUCUUUAAACUGUUAAUGCUAAAGUUAAAAACAGACUGAGGAGCAAUGGAGGAAAUGCUGGAUGGGGGCAGACCCUCUCCAGGUCUGUGUUUUCAGCAAACUGUCUCAUAAAUCCAGGAUGGCAAAUGCCAUUUUCCUCUUCUCUUGUUAAGAUUCCAGAGGAGGGAAUUGAAACACCCAAUUUUGGUUGCUGUUCAUAGUGAGGAUUGCAGAUGGAUGCUUUGUGCAGGAAGCUUCCCAUUAAGCAUUCUGACAUACCAGUUUAAAAAAAAACAAAACAAAACAAAAGCAAACAAACAAAAAAACUCCAGACAACUGCUCUUCUCUUUUUUUUUUUUUUUGGGCUGGGGGGGUGUACGGAGGGGAGUAAAAAUUUGUUAUAAACAUUUCAUUUCUUUACCACUUGGAUUUAACGGUUUAAGAAUUAUUUAGUUAAUUUUAAUUCUUCAUGAAAUACAGAUUUAAAUGCUUUUUAAUAUGUGGACACAAAGACAGGCCUUUAACAAUCUGGCUGUUGAUACCUGAGAUAGAAAACAAACUAUACAGAAUAAGGAAAUAAAAGCUCAUCUCCUUACUUUGCAUUUUGGUUUUAGACAAUGAGAGAAAACAUGAUAAAGUAGUUUCUUUGAGUAGAUUGUGGGACUGAUUUCUUUUUUGUAGUUUCAAGUCUGUCUGUAAUUUUGUUUGGAGAUUUGUGGAACUUUCUCAGCAAAGGUAUCGUUGCUUUAUACUUCUUCAAAUCUGAUUUUAUUAAGCAUGUGUUUAGUGUAUGAAUAUGUCUUUACUUUUAUAAAGCUGUCUUGUGUCUUUCAUGUGUCAAAUACAGAUGCUUUGAUUUAAAUCUUGACAUGGCAAGUAUUCUAAACUACACAUACUGAGUUUUAACUCAUUUCUUCACAAGCUGAUGCUUCAGACAUGUUUGUUAAUCCAGCAGCUAUUGUAGAACCAGUUUUGUGUGUCAAUUCCUGCUUUAAUAUCAAAAACAUGAGACAGAAUGUGUUUUUGUUACUGCUUAUCAGGUGAACGUUUGCUUCAGGAAAGAAACAAAGCAGAUAGCCCAAAUUAGGAAUGUGAAAUGAAUUAAUUUUGCCUUGUUUACAUAUCUGUGGUAACUUUGUCCUUGAGUUGUCUGUGUGUAGAAUUAGAAUGGGGGGGGGGUGGUUUUUUUAGAAAUUCUAUAAAAUACACAAAUGCAUCAGGAUAUUUCACUUUUAAUUAUUAAUCUGUUUGUCUGAAUCUGCAAAAAUUAUUUGGAAUCAAACAUACAAAUACUGCAUUCCUACAGUCAACUCCCUUGGAGUGCAACAGAUGCUGCCAAAUUCGCUGUAAUGAAGAGCACUUCAGUGUCGUGCCUGUCAUUCUAGAGAAAUGAUAAAUCUAUGCAAUAUAUUUUGUUACUUCAAAUAUAGUGUCCAAAAAGUGGGUGUCUGUUCUAUACUGCUAAAACGGUACUACCUGCACACCUGCAUACUACAAACAGUAUAGCUUUAUAGAUUCAUUUCUAAAUUUGAGAUUUUGCUGUAUUGAUUGGAGAAACUCCUGCCUCAAGCUGUUCUUGCUGGAUAAAUAGGGCAAAUCAAUAAAAAAAAAAAAUUUGGAUGAGCCAGCAUAACCCAGAGGAAUUUAUCCAUUCAGUUCUUUCAACACCAGCAAAUAUUUACAGGUGCCUUUAGUCUAAGCUGUUACAACCCUGACUCUUCUAACUAAACUUAGUAUAUUUUCUUAAAUUGUUCUAAAACGUGCAGUGUUGUUCCUUCCAACUGAAGCCUUGCUGUGUCGGUGCAACACCUGACAGAGCUCCCUCUCCCGCAGGGGCUCCCCGAGAGCCUUCGCCCAGAAAGUUGUGCUUUGAUGUGUAGGGGCAAAUACCCGGCGUUGUGAGGGACAGCUCGAGUUGGGGCAGUUGGAGGAAGCCUGUAUUUUUUGUUACUGUGAGUUUAUCCAACCCUAGCUUUGCUUUAAAGCUGGAGCGGCCCACACUGGUGUGAUUAGUUAGAAAGAAGAGGCUGAGGAUAGUGUCUAGGGGAGAACUUGGACCACACCUGUAUCUGCAGCGUGAGGCUCAGCUUGUGUUGGUGCUGAUGAUAGACCUGACCCAUCUUCCACCCACAGCCGGGAAACUGGUGUAACUGGUGUAUCGGGGGGUGGAAGGUCUAGAGCCUCCCAUCCAAAAAGCAGUAACUUUGCUUCAUUUCACAGUCGUCUCUCCCUGGAACUUCCAUAGUUGCCUCCUCAAGGGAAAGCUCCCAGCUGCCCAGCUCAAAUUCUGCCCUGUGUGUUCUUGAAGUGAUAGUGACAAAUUUGGACUUUAAUAAUAGUUGUCGUUCAGUGUAGCCUCUGGUUACAUCUGGCUACUAGAAGUUUCUUUCAACGUUGAUAGUGUGUUUGAUUCUUAUCAAGUGAGAUCGCCAACCAGGAGGAGGAGGCUUCUUGGAAUCCAGUUUGAUAAUAGGGAUCUAAUAGUUGUAUUUGAAGUGUAGGUGAUAAGUAGCAAAUAUCUGGCAGUGACAAGAGAAUCUCACUGUGCUGGUCGGGGUAUAUUAAAUACAUGGUCAUUCCUGAAUCUUCCAAAAGUGAAAUUCACAAUGUGGUUUGUAAAUUGCCAAACUUCCUGCUUGAAGAGAAUUUGACAUUUAUGAAUGCAUCGCUUACUGUAACACCGGAGACUGUCUACUGUUUUUUUAAAUUCAAACAGCUGACAUUUUCAUAUGUUUGUUUCUGACUAAUGUAAAUUGACACUUGGAGUUCAGAGAUAACCUUAUUUGAAUAAAGAUGCAUAUUUUUA